AAGGAAACCAAACCCUGCACAACCGUUGAGUAAGAGUAAGUAAAGCGCUGUUGAACACAACCUUCGGUGUGUUCUCACAGGACCAGGCGCUAACCCCUUGAAUCUGUCCAGUACAUAAAGAUGAAAAGUCAUGCAAGCUUCACAAAUCAGUAUAAUUACCAGAAAGGGAUCCGUAACCCUAUGCUAUGCAAGAUGAUUUGGAAUGGAACAUGUACUGACAAAAGUCAUUGGGCCGGCACUUUAGCUGGGCUUAAGCGCCUUAGCUACGGCCUUGAAAACCGAGGUCCAAAUUGCGGUGUUCCCUUCUUGUGAUGUAAUGCCAUGUGAAUGUCGAUCCGCGGACUUGUUGCGGUCUUGACCUUUCUGGGGUUGCUAGUGUGCUCUCAGCAGUGCGUCACCUCCACUGUCAACUUGGAACAUGCCACUGUCGUGACCAUUGAUUGUGACGAUUAUGUCGUCACAAUAAUUUGCCCUUUAGCACAGGGUGAGAACUGCACAAUGCAGACGAUGCCAAAGGAGAGUACCACUUCUAGCACGACAACCACAACUUCCAGCACGACAACCACAUGCACCACCUGGACAACAACAUCCGUCUCCACAACCUCUCGAACUUCAUAUUCGAGGACCUUCACAUCUAGAACACGAACCUCUUCAUCUUCAACUUCUUCCACCACCUCCACAUCUUCUUCAUCUUCAACUUCUUCAACUUCCAGCUCUUCGACCUCGGAAGUGACCUCGUGGACACCAUGUACUGCCAUGAUGAGCUCAACAACCUCAUCAACAACCUCUUCCACUACGACCACCUCAUCAUCAUCGAGUUCCACCACCUCAAGUACCACUCUUCCAGAUGGGCUUAUUUGGAUAAAUGGUCACCUGAUCUUCACGUCGGAUGUGAUGUCUGAAGAGCAAGCAGCAGGUGCUGUAUCGGAUGCUUUUCAAGCAUUGCUACAAGCAGUUGCUGUCAGGGUCAGUGCUGAAGUCUUGUCAGUGACAGCUGGCGGUGGUGGAGUUUCCACCAUGGUCUGGCGAACUUCUUUUUCUCUGGCCUCUUUUCCCGAAGGCGCAGAUGCCAUGCGCGCAACCUUGCAGAGUCUACGGCGCCGCAUUGAGACCCAAACCGCAAUCACCUUCUCAGAGCAGCUCCGGAGUGAUCUACUCGCCAGAGGUGCUCGACCUGGCAGAAAUUUUACUGUAGACUCCCUAGUUCUUGAGCAGGAGGUGCUUGAUGAGAACAGUGUGGAGAAUGCUUCCAUCGGAUGGUGGUGGCUGGUGAUUGUUCUUGUAGUGGUAGGCGCGACAGCAAUGAUCCUGUAUGCUUUAAAGCAUGCCUUUCAGCCAAUCCCGCCACCCAUGAUCGUUUCGAACGCAUUGUGGGAACUCGAGACCGAACGAUGGGAACUCGCAGAGAAGGUGAUCCACUCUCCAGAGCCUCCAAGUGUACCAAAUGAAUGGAAAGCUCAAUGGGUAGCCUCAGAGAAGGCAUAUGGGUCCUCAAGGUUUUAUGAUUUGACUUUUGGGGCUGGAGGGCGCUUGGAAGGCUUGGGAGAAGGACCGGAUGGUCCGUUCCACGUCAUAGGAGCCUUUGAUACCAGUGACGGCAACGUGCGUUGGCGGGAGAGCCAGGAAAGCGGUCCAGUGGUGGAGUGCUACGGACAAUGGGAUGGGACGCGCAUCGAUGGCUUUUUUGCAAUGUUUGAUGUCUCAACCCUUCCCCAGCAGAUUGGCCAAGGGCAUUUUGCUUUGUCAACUAAAUCCGCCAAAGCUGCGAGAUUGGGUCAGAAUCUCACCUUUGCAAGCCCUGAUCCCGAUAAGGGAGGACAAUCCGACAUGGUCUGAGC